AUGGACCUGGAGCGACAGCAGGGCCUCUUCUUCAACACCACGGGAAAGACGAAUAGUCUGUCUGGCGGUGAUGGGAGGCGAGUGAAGAAGCCCACGAGCCCGUUCACGCUACCGGUCAAAUCGGCACUGAAGACGACCGUCUCUAUGCCGCCAAGUCAGCGACCACAGUUUGUGCUUAUGCGAUCACCAGAAGGCAGUCAGUUGCCCUCGUUGCUGGGGCCCGCGGAAGAUGCCACCUUCAACACUGGCUCCUCCAGCCAAGGAGGCUCAUUGAGUCAAUGCAGCUCAUGCACCUACUCACCGGACCAGCUUCUAUUCAACUCCAUCUACUGCUCCGACCUGGUGGCCAUCACCGACGAAGAAGAGACCAUCGAUCAGAUGACGAUCGCCCCAACAACGCCAGUCUCUAGGUCUAUCCCGACCGGUUGUGCCUCCACAAUGACCCAAAAACUAAACACCCCCAAGACAACCACCUGCCCAAAGGGCGACUCGGACUCGAGUGCUCCUUUAGAAGCCUCCCUCAGUCAGUCAGGCCGUAAGAGCCUGCUGUUGUUGCCAUGCGUCAAGUCGCCUAGGCAACAGGUUUCUGGACAGGCCAGAAGAGAUAACGGUCGUCAUGCCUUCUGUCCUCCAUACCUUAGCUUCACCCUGCAACAGACCGGCCGGGCUGAGCAGGCCAGAGUGCGCUUCCAAGAGCCGGAGGAGGAGUCAAGAGAGACGGCCGAUACCAAAGAUCCUGCCAAGUCGGAGAGGCAGGCCGGCUGGUCGGCAAACUCAUCGCCCAGGCUGGUCCGAGCGGCCGACGACCAUGUGUUGCUGACCGGCCUCAAGUGCGAUCCGACCGCUGAUCCAUUUGAUCCGGCCGUCGGACUGGCUGACUCCCGACUCGGCCGACCCGACGGCAACAGUGUUGAUCGGCCGGCAACGCAAUUGCCAACUCGGCAGAUGCUCUUCAACUGUCUAGACCCCUCCUCGCUGCCAACAGGAGCGGCUACACGGAACGAGGAGACGGUGAGCUUCUGUCUGCCCCUGAAGACGCCGCCAGCGGUCCACAUGACGACGAAUUGUGGCGCCAUCCCAUCCGACCACCCGCGCAGGGUUGGUGUGGAAUCCGAGAGUUUGUUCCAGUUGAGUGCGAACAAGCGGAAGCCGGUUCUGUGGAACGCUGUCGGAUGGGAUAAGACUGAAGGUGGUGAAAUGGGAAAUUGCUUGAAGCAGUUGUUGGCCAAUUCCGACGCUCAGGGAAGCCUCAGACGGCUUAGCAACCCGUCACGUCAAUCAGCGACCGUCACCCGAUCAGCUCAUCUGUCCGUCUUGGGUUCCACUUUGGAUGAUGUGGCCGCCGUCUCUCCAAUCACCUCUUUUCUUCUUCCUUCUCUCUCAAUCCCGAUGUCUAGACGACAAACAAAACAGCAGCAAAGUUUCCAGCAUCAAUCCACCUGA